CCCAAAAUGUUGGCUGCAAUGAAAAGACAAUGGGUAUAUGUCAUGGAUCUGAUCUGGUGUUUGUGUCCGGAGCGCCAUUCAUGUACCCAAUGGACGGCUACACUACACGUGACAUGCAUUUCAGCGCACAAGUGAUGAAACUAUGGACUAAUUUUGCCAAAUAUGGACGGCCCGAUAGGGUAGAUGUCAGGGCACUCAUUGACUACUAUGAGGAUCUGAACCGAGGAGACAAUACACAAUCUGUGGAAAGAAUAUCACCGGAUUGGCCGCCACCGCCAACAGCCAGCGGCGCAAUGGGUUGGCCCUCAGGGGCCGGUCCGUCAACACAGUCCCUUCAAAUAAGGCAACCCUUUCCCGUCGGUCGGCAGCGAUCGCACUCAUUCAGCGGUCCAAUACAUUUGCCUCCAUAUCCGCCUCACUAUCCAAUCGACACACAGUAUGGGACGGGUUUUGUGAACCAAUACCGGGACCCAAACACAGGUGAACCCGAUUGGGGUCGUAUGCGACGGCCAGAGCAGGUGAAUCCGGGAAAAGGACCACUCAUUGAAGAUCUGGACCGUCGGAGUACAGGAAUGGGCCGCUAUUUGGCCAAACAGUCCCGAUUGACAACAGGCUCGGGUCAGUUGCACCUGAGUGGCCAACAGGACAGGCAAAGGCAAUAC